GAAAUGGAAAAACACAAUGUCAAUAUUUUGAGGAAGCUCAGGACGAAGGAACUCAUUUUGCUACCUACUGGGAGCGCCAAGUGCCGAGAUCUAGCCAGAACUCACCUUGUCGGACUGCGCCGGGGAGGCGUGACGUGUCUCAUCCUACCUUUCCUGCCUCGUCACACGCACCACUUUGACAGUUCAGCGUUUAAUCGGCUCGACACUCGUGGCGGUGAGUCCCCACAUCCACCUGCGUCUGGAGUCUUGUGGGCUGCGUUUGGGCUACAGUCAUUCAGCAGUAACAAGUGUGUCCGGUCCAUGGUCGUUGAGAUAUCGAUGCACUAGUACGACGGCUUUGUUGUUUUUGAUUUCUUUCGGUGGGUGUUUAUAUCCAUCGAGGCUUUUAAUUGAUUUUAAACCAGAACGUCAAAGGACACAAACAUGUCCAGGAAUCCAGAAGAAGUUAACAAGCUUACAGAAAGUACAUAUAAGAAUGUCAUGGAACAGUUCAACCCAGGGCUGCGGAACCUGAUCAACCUGGGGAAGAACUACGAGAAGGCUGCGUCUGCCAUGACCUUGGCCGGAAAGACGUACUUCGAUGCUGUUUCAAAGAUUGGGGAAAAUGCUGCAAUUUCCCCUGUCUCCAGGGAGCUAGGGGUCGUGUUGAUGGAAAUCUCCGAGGUUCACCGGAACGUUCACCUUGAACUGGAGGAGAACUUCCGAAAGUUCCACAAAGAGAUCCUCUCUGAGCUGGAACGCAAGACAGACAUGGAUGUAAAAUAUAUGAACGCCACAUUCAAGAGGUACCAAAUGGAGCACAAAAUAAAGCAGGACUCAAUGGAGAAAUCCCAGAUGGAUCUGAAGAAGCUUCGCAGGAAGAGUCAGGGGAAGAAUGCCACCAAAUACGAGAGCAAGGAGAAUGAGUGUGCGGAGACUCUGACCUCUCGACAAAUGGAGAUGCAGAAUUUUGUAGCGGACGGCUGCAAAGAGGCCCUCCUGGAGGAGAAGAGGAGGUUCUGUUUCCUGGUCGACAAGCACUGCACCCUCACCUACCAGUUCAGCGCCUUCCAUCACAAAGCAGAGGAAAUGCUCCUGCAGAAGGUCCAGAGUUGGCAGGACAAGUGCGGCGACGCCACCAUCGUGCCGGACAACAUCAUGGCAGUAAUCGAGGGACUGCGCAUACCGGUCUCGUACACCCCCCAGCCAUCACCCGUAAUGAACCGCAGCAACAAGAACCCCUCGGACACAGUGACUCUGCCUCCAGCUCCGCCCAUGAAUGCCAACGUCAGCCCAUUGGCUAACAUGUUCAAGCCGCCAAAGGGCGUGGCCAAUGAUGAGAGUCCUGCAGAACCUGCGGGCCGUGAGGAGGGCAGCCUCCCCCGGUCGACCUCCCUCACCUCCGGUCUCAACCUGCUGAAGCGACCCAAGGUCCGUACCAUCUUCCCACACACGGGGGAGGGCAGCGAGACUCUGCUGAGCUUCCAGGAAGGCGCCAUCAUCACUCUGCUCAUCCCAGACGAGAAGGACGGUUGGCUGUACGGGGAGCUGGACAAGAACAAGCAGAGGGGCUGGUUUCCUUCCUCCUACUGCCAGCCCUACACAGAGCCGUCCACCAGCACCAGGCCAGACAAGCCGGCACGCAGUAAAAGUGUGGUCAACUUGACUGAGCUGGACCCCUCAGACAUGUUACUCCCCCCACCAGACUACAGCGAUGCAACCAGCAGGGCUGCCUCAGACCCUCCGGCCCCACCCUACCCCGAAAACACGGAGUCACAGCACAAUGGUAUUGCAAAAGUCCCUUUCUUGGCGGGAGGGAAUCCCUUUAUUACUGUCAAACUACGGCCAACAGUCACCAACGACAGAUCAGCUCCAGUCAUUUAAAGAUCAGAGGCUGCAGGACCAACACCCCAAAUCUACUGCAUUAUUGCAGCAAACGUCAUCAAGUUCCUGAGGCUUCAGGGUGGCACCAAAACCCUGGUAGCUGGUGAGAGUUCAGGCUACUUUAGUGAUGCUGAACUGGGCGGGAUUACAGAGUGUUCGAUAGAAUUUUUGUAUUUGUAUUCCUGUUUUAUUUAUAUUCGAUACAUGUACACCUCAGACUGUGCAUGCUCAAUCUGACUUAGGGAGAAAGAUUAUUUAUAUACUUUUAAAUAUAGAUUUAUAUUUUCUACAUAUCACACUUGUUAAUUGUACACAGCCAUCACCUCACCCUGUUAACACAACCGCUAUACAGCGAUUUGUCUUACAGUGGCAUCGGUUGAGAUCUAUCUCUGCUUUUGACUUGUAGCAGCGAUAAGACCCUUGAAGAAUGUGUACAAAAUGGGACAUGAUUCUGUCUGUGUGAGUCCAUUGUUGCUACUGUAGUAGUGCGAUGCCUCUUGGACCUUUGGGGAACCCGUGCAGCCACUCAGUGUAGUUUGCAGUGAUCGCUUAUUGGUAACAUUGUAUCAGGAUAUGCAUUUGUGAAAUAUGUCCUUUGAGGUGUUUCUACUACAAAUGCUCUUACGCUGUCUAAUAAAACAAAUACAACCACUUCCUGUUUAACAACCACCUUGGUCAGUGACCGCUGGCAAAUACGUUAGUCAAUUUAAAAAAAAUAAAAAAUCAACCAAUGCAAGCAUUUAUGACCAUAUUUGCCGGAGUGAUGGAGAUAUUUGAAGUAGAAUUUACAAAAUGUUAAUGUCCACUUUUUGAAGGAUAAAGGAAAUUGAGUAUGGAGGACUGAAGUCAUGCACACAGUCGCGGUCAGGCCAAAGCUACCGUGAUUUUUACUUAACCUGAUUGUUGAAAAUGAACUUUGUUGUGAAACGAGGAGUGGUUGUAAGCAGCCCGUUUAAGGAUGAUGCAGACUGUUCAGUUUUGUCUAUUGAAGAAAUCAUUUGUCUUCCUAACUGUUCUAUUUUCCAUUGUUUGCACAUUGUAACAUUUAAACUAAUCUGUGUAUGAAACUUUACCAUGGCACAACUGGGGACACUUUUGAAGGCUGGCAUUCUGUAAACAUUUUUGUUGUAAAGAUAAAAUAAAUUCACAUCCAGCAAUUUCAAGGAUCUAGUACCAAGUUACAGUUAUACAUUUGAGUUCAAUAAGAGUUCAAUCAGAUGAAACACGUAUGCACAAAUUUCCAUCUACAAUCCAAAAUAAAACUGAAGUACUCUGAA